CGCAAUUGAAUGAAAGUAAAUUCACAACUUUUGGGAGUGGUGGGAGACUGUUUGGGUAUAUAUAUGGGAGCUCCUAGCCAUAAGAGCUAUCAUUGUGUUGCUUACCUUGUUGGAGACAAGUUGCUGUGUUUAGUGUGUGUGUGCUACAGUGCAGUUAAAAUGAGCAAAGCUGUACGAUGUCAGCAAACAGCAAACUCAGUGGAUGAGUUUGUUGUCCUGGAGGAGGCAUUCAAAUCCCGACUCACGACACUAUACUACAAUAAUGCAUACAAGGAUGAGCCUGCCAAAGAUUUCCACACCUUUCUGAGCAGUCUGAAGGAUAAAAUUGUUCACAUCAUCAGUCAGCAACUGCAGACACAUGGACCGAUCAAGGUCAACCUGGUGUUGGAGGCUACAUAUUUCCGCAGCACCUUUGAUAAGACCUUCUUCGAACAAGAAGAGUUUCAGAAUGUGGCCUUCAAAACUCCAAACUACACCAUCUUCAGUAUCAUCAAUCUUCCAGACAUCAUCAACCAAGCGUGCAUGACCCUACUGGAUGAGGAGUCGAAAUUCGAAGGAAAUUCCAGUGGAUGGAGUCUGCUUAUCAUCGAUGGAUUGCUCAUCAGGAUUAGCAAACAUACUCCCCUGCGUGGAUCAUCCUACAUCAGACUUCCACCUCUUCUAUCAGCACGAAAGGCAAUCAUCAAUCCUAUAAACAUGGACCAGCAAUGUUUCAAAUGGGCCAUCCUCGCCAAACAUGUACAAGGCAGUAAUCCUCAACGAGUCAAUGAGCGAUACCAUCAAUUGGAGGAGAGAUACAACUUUUCAGGCAUUGGAUUUCCCACUACCAUCAACCAAAUCGAUAUAUUUGAGAAAGAUAAUCCGGAGGUUGGAAAAGAUGGUAAACCUCCAACCUUGAAGUUUGAGAAACAUGUGCAAAAGUAA